CGCACAGCGAAUUCGAACAGCUGUUUGCAAGCUGUCAUUUUAAGAAAUCGACAACGAGUCUUAUGCAAUGUCAAUCAAUAAGGUUGCUGUGAAGGCGUAGACGACGAAUGAGAACGACGACAUUGACCUAGUGCAUUAGUGAAACAGCAUUUAACACCGAGCGUCGCUUACAAAACAAUCAAUUCAAAAUGCUCCGAAAAGUUCUUAUAGUGACACCAGCGACUGCUGUGUUAUUUGCUGCCGUGCCAGUAAAACAGAAGGAACCGAAAGCAGUUGAAAAGGUGGAAGUUAACAACUUCAAGUGCAAGCCCAGUGAUUUGCCACUUUAUCAAUCGCUGCACGAAUUAUACAGCCCUAAGUCAGAAUUACAUCCCGCAAAGGACUCUGCGAUGCGUCAAACUAUCGAAGGUGGAGUGCGUGUUGUACGCACCGAGGUGCAGGCUGGCCUGAGUGCACUUGCCGAACAGAAGGCCAAUUUUGACAACUACAUAGACACAGCCAAGGCACAUACGCAGUCCACCAUCGACUAUCUAAAUGAGCCGCAAAAUGUGUUGCCACGUAGCGGAGCCAUAGCCGUUGGUGGUUUGUCUGGUUUCAUAUUUGCCGCACGUGGUGGUUUCAUUAAGAAAGUACUUUACACAACUAUUGGUGCUGGCGCUGUAGCUUCACUCUGCUAUCCACGGCAAACGGAAGUAUUUGCACGUGAUGCGUUAGUUCAUGCGCGCAAAGGAUUCGCCAUCGCAUAUAACUUCGUAAAGGGGGUAAAACCAGGUGAUGAAGUUGAACCUGAAACGGUCAGCAAAUUCCCGACCAGCUUUGAAGACUUGAAGUAUCUAGUCUUAGAUCUAUAUGACGAAGGAAAAGAGGCGAUAUUUGGCAAAAAGAAAUAAACUCAACACGAAGUUGAACCAUUAGCAACAAAUUUAAACAACAUCAGAUCGAAAAAAGUGUAUAGUUCUAAUCGCAUUGAACUUAUAGUGGAAUAUGAAUAGCAGGAAACAGUAAAAGUAUGCCAGAAGUUUUAAAAGUUGCAUGACAAAAUAUCUAAUAAGCCGAAAGCAACAAUAACAACACAGCCUUUUUUUCACUGUUCUGUGGGGCAGCGGGAAUACCUCUGAUGUAUUUAUGGUUUAUGUAUGGUAUAGAGUAAUGUUAACAACCACGAAAAUGCAACUAUUGAACAACGGAGUAGGAGCGGCUUUGCAAAAUAUUUAUGAGACCAUAAUAACUUCAUUGCUUUUGUCUGGGUCAGAACGAGAUAGUAGUUAAUUAUGAUAAAUGUAAUAGUAACCAAAAAGUAUUUGGUUUUUAUACUAUGACACAGAUUGAGCUAUUGGUAGGCAAAUUUCCACUUAUUAGUCAUAAAAUAAAUAUUAUACAAAGCGAUUAACGAGUGAAAUAUGACAAAGUAUUUUUAUUUAAAA